GAAAGUUACAAAACUGAAGAAAUGUCGUCAGAGGAGACGUUGAGUGCUGGGGGAAGUGAAGAGGUGAGAGCCUUGGAGUAUGAUGAUAUGGGUGUGGUGAGUGAGUCAUCUGGGUUAGAAAGGACAGAGGAAGAGGUGGGGGGAAAUGAGGUGGCUGAGGUUGAGGGAGAGGAGGCUCCCGCAAAUAUAUUAGAAGUGGGAGAUAGGAUUGAUAGGUGUUAUGAUAUUAGGGCAGACAUUGUGUCUGAGGUAAGGGGUUAUGAGACUGAACUCUGGCCUAGGGAUAGCCUUAGUUACCUAGUAGAGACUUAUGAGAUUCCUCCCCAAGUUCUAAUUAGGCUUGUUGGAGUGGAGGAGAGGGCAUGCUCUGCACCCCAUGUUCACUGGAUGCCCGUCUCGGAUGUCAUAGAGGCUGCUGAGCUCUAUGGGCCAAGCUCGUUGAGUGAAGCUGAGAUGGAUAAGUUUUUGGCUACUGUUGGUGGGAUGGCCAUUCCAAAGAAGCCAAGGAAGAAGUCAAAGUGAUGAGCUAAAUUUAUAUACAUAUUAAUAAGGAAUUUUUACUUUGAUAUUAUUGAUAUUUGAAUGAGUUUUAUGGGAUUUUAUUUGAUUUUACAUGGUUUUCAUCCUUUGUGUAGGAAAGGAUUUAAUUGGAAGAAAUUCUACUUUUUAGA